UACACCCUCCCUCUCUGUCGUCCUCCCUGCCUCCCUCUUCGCCUACAGUAGAGCUAUCUAUCUUCAACUCGCAUCGCACUCAGCUCUGUCAGUACUGGGAUCCAGGCGCUAUCAUGGCGCAGCGCGUGGCACGUCUGCGUCCUAAGCGAACCGUUCUUACCCUACGCCCGUAUUGGGCUCUGAUUCUCGUCUAUGCCUGGAUGGCACUGUCAACGGAACCGGCUCUUUGUGACAGUGGCGGAUUUUUGAAACGCAGCAGCGGUGGAGACCGCGCGCUUGACAGCAGCGCGGCGGACGACGUCGGCGGCGGGGAUGGAAUGCCACAUCUGCCGGGAUUCACCCAUCAGGACGCUGACCCGGGUGAAGCGCUCCCCCGGCGACUCAGAAGAGCGGCGGCCCGGGAUAAAGUCUCAUUGCUCAGCAGCUCGUUCGUGCUCAAGGGAGAUGCCACUCACAACCAGGCAAUGGUACACUGGACAGGCGAGAACAGCAGCGUCAUCCUCAUCCUCACCAAGUACUACCACGCCGACUCCACCAAGGUGCUGGAGAGCUCCCUCUGGAGGUCCAGUGAUUAUGGCACCACCUACACCAAGUUGAAUCUGAUGGCAGGAACAACCAUCAUUGUCACCAACUUCUAUAUCUGUCCCAGCAACAAGAAAAAGGUGAUCCUGGUGAGCCACAACAUCAACGAGGCUGAGCACAUGCUGUUCAUCAGCACGGAUGAGGGUGCCUCCUUCCAGCGGCAGCCUCUGAGUUUCCGCGUGGACACGCUGCUCUUCCACCCCAAGGAGGAGGACAAGCUGCUGGCCUACAGCAAAGACGCCAGGCUGUACGUUUCCAGUGAUUUGGGACGCAAAUGGACGCUCCUGCAGGAGCGUGUCACCAAGGAGCGCGUGUUCUGGUCUGUCCCCGAGGUGGACGUGGAUCCUGACCUGGUUCACAUGGAGAUGCAAGACACGAGUGGAGGUUUCCUCUAUGUGACGUGUCUGAUCCAGAAUUGUUCAGAUAAGAUGGUGACCGCUCAGUUCCUGGGGAAGAUCGAUCGCGACUCCCUGACAGUGCAGGACGAGUACAUAUUUGUGAAGGUAACCACAGGGAACCGGACCAAGCACUAUGUCUCCUUCAAGAGGAACGAGUUUGUCCAGAUGAGGUUCCCCAAGUACACCCUGCCCAAGGAUGUGCAGAUCGUGAGCACAGAUGAGAACCAGGUCUUCCUGGCGCUGCAGGAGUGGUACCAGGCGGACACGUACAACCUGUACCAGUCGGACCCGCAGGGCGUCUACUACUCCAUCGUGCUGGAGAACGUGCGCAGCACCAAGCAACCCGAGGAGAGCGUGCUCAUCGACAUCCUGGAGGUGCGAGGAAUCAAAGGUGUCUUCCUGGCCAAUCAGAAAGUGGACGGCAAGGUGACCACCCUCAUCACCUACAACAAGGGGCGAGACUGGGAGCCUCUAGCCCCGCCCUCUAUCGACAUGAACGGCAAACCGGUUACAUGCAAGGCGCCUGACUGUCAGCUCCACCUACAUCUCCGCUGGGCGGACAAUCCCUACGUUUCCGGUACGGUCCACACCAAAGACUCGGCCCCUGGACUCAUCAUGGGCGCAGGUAACAUCGGGUCACAGCUAGUGGAGUAUAAAGAAGAGAUGUACAUCACCUCUGACUGUGGCAAGACUUGGAGACAGGUGUUCGAGGAGGAGCAUCACAUCCUCUACCUUGAUCAUGGCGGAGUCAUUGUAGCCAUCAAGGACACCUCCAUCCCACUCAAAAUCCUCAAGUUCAGCAUUGACGAGGGACACACGUGGAGUGUCCACAAUUUCACCAGCACGUCGGUGUUUGUGGACGGUCUCCUCAGUGAACCGGGAGACGAGACUCUGGUCAUGACGGUGUUUGGCCAUAUCAGCUACCGGUCCGACUGGGAGCUGGUGAAGGUGGAUUUCCGUCAGUCCUUCCCCAGUCAGUGCACAGAGGCUGACUACGACUCCUGGAAACUCACAGACCAGCAGGGAGAGAAAUGCAUCAUGGGCCAGGAGAGGACCUUCAGGAAGAGGAAAGACACUUCCUUCUGCAUUAAGGGCAAAAGCUACACCUCCUCACUUACCUCCAAGCCCUGCCAGUGCACGGAGAAGGACUUCAACUGUGACUAUGGGUUUGAGCGAGCCCAGAGCCUGAAGGCAGAGGGAGACCGCUGCUUCGCUGACUUUUGGCACGACCCUGAUGCUCCGCCUGAAGACUGCCACGUAGGACACACCUACGAGUCUAGCACAGGGUACCGUAAGGUGAUCUCCAACAUGUGUGAGGGGGGCGUGAAUAAACAGCAGAGCGCUAAGCAACACACCUGUCCUCUGCUGUCGCCGGCUCAACUGCAGCUCGGCAUCAAGGGACAGAUGCUAGCCGUGGCGCCCGGUGAUGACAUCACCUUCAUCGUCCAUCAGGAGCAGGGUGACACCAGCAGCACCAAGUACCAGGUGGACCUGGGGGACGGCGUGCGGGCCAUCUACCAGAACCUGACCGUCACGGACGAGCCCAUCCAGCACCGCUACGAGAGCCUGGGCGUCUACCGGGUCACCGUGAGGGCCGAGAACAACGCCGGCCACGACCACGCCACCCUCUACAUCCAGGUCACAGCUCCUUUACAGGAAGUGCACCUGGAAGUAGUUCCUAUUGCUGGUACGAACCAGGAAGUGAACCUGACAGCCACAGUGCUUCCCUCUGAGGCCAACUUGACUGUCUUCUACUGGUGGAUUGGUGAUGACUUACAGCCCAAACUCACCCUGGAGAGGAGUCUGAUCACACGGUUCACUGAGUCCGGCGAGGUCUCUGUCACUGUCCAGGCCUCCAAUAGCCGCUCCAUGGUGCAGGACAGCAAGACAGUCCGAGUGUUUGACCACUUCCAGGUGAUUCCGCUGAGCUUCAGCAGGAACCUUGACCGCUUCAACCCCAACAUCCCCGAGUGGAGGGAGGACAUUGGCCAGGUGGUCACCAAGAUCCUGGCCAAGAUCACUGGGAUUCCACAAGACUCUCUGGUUACCAUGGUGAAACCUGGCCUUCCAACCACAGCAGACCUCUAUGUGCUUCCUCCAGAGAGUACGACUGCCAAGAGGAGUGUGUAUGUGGAUAAGCGGAUCUCCACCGUAAAGCAGGCUCUGAACGAGAACAACGUCAGCUUCAUCGUGCGGGGAGGCCUUCAGGUGCUGGUAUCCCUAGCUGACCCUAAUGCAGGAAUAUCUUUCAAGGGAGUGGUUGCUAAUGCUUCAACCACGACAGGCGCAGAUAUUGGUUCGCGCUCCGGGGCAGCCAGUCCAGGUGUGUGGGCUCUGUCCGUCCUUCUGCUAAUCAGCCUGAUGGCCAGUGGGGCCUUUAUGCUCUACAAGUUUAAAAGGAAAGACUACAAGUCCCAUGACCCCUUGCUGAGGACAGAGGAGCGCAGCCUAAUACAUCCCUGGCUGCAUUUCAGAAAGCUACCCGGCAGGAAUGUCUACGCUCAGAUGCACAACGAGAAGGAACAGGAGAUGACCAGUCCGGUCAGUCACAGCGAGGACACGCAGAACAUCAUACAAGGCGAGGAGUUCAUCGACGAUGACCUGGACUCACAGACACUGGGCAACCAUUCAGGCGUGGUCCUUAGCAUCAACUCCAGAGAGCUGCACAGCUAUCUGACCAGCUGAUGGGAACCAACUGGGGAACACUGAGGACUCUGUCGUCUUUUCCUGAAAUCUAAUUGGUUCACCCCCCACCACCACCUCCCGCACUCCCCCCACUGUUAUGAAGGGGUAAGGGGCAGGGGAGGAGCCUGCCCGAACCACAUCCCAUCCGACCUUUGAACCCAGGGCCUCUCCCUCCCUCUUUUUCUCUGUCUGUCUCUCUCUCAUUCGCUCUCUACUCUCUCUCCCAUCAUCUCUUUUUCCUCUCUUCCAGUCCUAUGCUUUGUAUUCCUUCUCUUUUGUGGGAUCAGAGGUGAUCUUGAUGCCCCCCCCCCCCCCCCCCCCACACACACACACACACCUCACCCCACCUUACGUCUCGUUUCGGUGCGUAAGCGUCGCCUCCCUGAUUAUUGGGCAUUUCCUAUCCUUCAGCUGUUCUUCACGGCCCGGUGGGGGAGCCUGGAGUUGGACUGUGCCACCAAAAUGAUGUUGCCUGAUUGCUUUGCUUUUGUUUGUCGUUCAUUUGGAUUGUUUGUUUUUACGGAACUGUUUUGUUUUGUCUGGGAUGUCUUUGUAUUUCACAGUUGUUGUAUUCUUUGUAGUAUUCCCGCGGUCUGUUUUUCACGUUGUUGCUGUCUUUAUCUUAUCCCAACGCUCUUUCUCUCUUUCGUCUCUUGUUCUCAUAUUCGCCAUUUACUGGUUGUUGGGUUGUCGUUUUUUUCACGGUUUAGCUUAGGUUAGGGUCUCGUACAACGGCGCGUUCAGCUUUUUUUCCACUCCUUCCACUCCUUCCAUCAAGUGGCAGGUGGAGCAGGCCGUUGCCGGAUGAAUCUUAACCAAAGCGUAGCUAGCAGGUGUGACGCUAACUCACUGUGGUCCUAUAUUUCAGCACAAACGGGUGUCUUUUGGAGUCUGUGGAGUCUGCCUGCCACACAGCAACACAUAGGCCAACCCCUCCAUCUCUCAGAUGCAGGUUUCUAUCUCUCUCUCUCUCUCUCUCUCUCUCUCUCUGGUUCUCUAUCUCUUUCUUUUUGCCUUCCUCUGUCCUUUCUGUCUCUUAAGAGGUACACAUUAUAGGCCUGUAAGUUUUUGACAUGGCAUGAAAUGCUCUCGCCACUUUAUAUCCGAAACUUAAUCUAGCUCCUUGUCUACAAAUGCAAUAAUUCAGAUUGUCACUUUUCACUUGAGAGGGGGUACUGCCUGCAGCACCGUGGCAAAGGCGUCAGUGCCCACAAGAUGGCGCUACUUUGCCAUUUUAAAUGAUGCUGUGACGGGCAGUCAUCAGCCAGCACUGUGCUGCUCCCUGGCUGUGGACUGAAAAUAUGUCCAACGUACAACCCCAUGCUUAUCUGACCAUUGUAUUCCUUUGUCACAAGUUAUGAUUAAGUGUCUAUAUGAGGUAAUGGUUAAUAUUUUGUACAUUUACAGAUAAGUAAAUAUCACAGCAGGAAAAUAAUUUUAUAGUCAUUUCACGAUACCAUGCUAAACCACCCAUCUAAAUUGAAGUAUACUCCUCUGGCUGUUUUAAUCACUCUUAUUUAUUUUCCUGAGUGGAUAUUGGUUAUUUCUUAUGCCGGAGCGCCAAUCAAAGUGAAAUCUAGUUCCCCAAACAGUGUUAGUGUUGAAGAUUUGUUUCUCUCAUGUGAUUUGUUUCCUUUUCUUCCGUCCCAGAGCACAGAUGUUCCUGCUGUAAUAGAGGCCUAUAUUAGGCCAAGCAGAACAUGGAGAGAUUCCCUUUAGUCUGGCUCGUGUAUAUAGCUAAUGCGUGUAAAUAUAUUAACAAAAAUAAUUCAACAACAGCAGAAAAAAAAGCGACGAAAAGAAACAAAAGGUAACUCUGACUGUACAUAUCUGGCCACACAGCAGAAAUGUAAUUUCACAUUAAUACCAAAAGGUGCACUUGUUUUUUGGGAUGCCCACCUUAAUGACACACAGCGGAUACACUCACAUUUAGUCACCAACACAUAGUUACACAUCGUUUUCACUUCUGUUUUCUGGUGUGUGUGUGCUGGUGAAUAAGACCUUUCGAAUGGUACAGUUGAUCUUUAGCUUCACGAUGUUAACCAUUGUCCAGUACUGGUCCAGCACAGUUAGUGUAGGCUAAUGGCGCUGACAGACACUCCUGUGCACUUAACAGAGAAGUCAAUUACCGUUUCAUAUUGUGUGAAGAAAAUAUUUUCUACAUUACUUGCUGUUAUUACUGGAUCUUUUAGUUCAUUUAGUUCAAACGAUACUGCUUUGUCAGUGAAACAGUGGCUGGUGUGAGUAGCUCCGCUCUUCAGUUGGUUGUGGGCGUGCAAGUCAGGAUAUUGGUUGAAGACGACAUUGCAGGCUUGAGAGUGGGCCACCAUUUUGGCUCUUUUGAGAGAUUUACUCAGGAUAAGAGAGUGUCAGUUGCAGUAGCCACCAUAGUCUGUAUGUGUGAUGGGGGUGGGGGUGAGAAGGGGGGAGUUUUAGAUGGUCUUGACAGGGGUGCUUGGAAUGCACACGUCUCUUGGAGUCAUCCCCAUGACUGAGGCAUAGAAGGAUGAUAUUUAAUUUUCUUCAUAUAAAGUUACAAAAAAACACAUAAAAACAACCAUGAGCAUUAUUCUAGUAUCUGAUUAUUUGAAAAUAUGUAUUUUGAUUUGUAUUUGUUGACCACACUGCAGGUUCAAAACUGAUAUUUCCUUUUCUCGUAGUUCACCAUUUUUUCUACUUGUAUAUGCACAUGUUAAGCUUGUUCUUAGUUUUUUUUCUUUCUUAAAGUGGUGUGAUAUCUGUGCAUUUCUCCUCCUGUUGCUCUAAAGACAGUGUGUGGGUGUGUGUGUGCGUGUGUGUGUGUGUUGAGUGGGGGGAGGAAGUCCACAAGAGUCAGACAUUUUGUAAAGAGACGGUCACUGUUGCUGACAAAAACACCCACCAUGUGAUAAUGACUGCACAGAUAUUUUAUUGAUGCUCUUUUACUCGUUUUUUGAAUUUGAUUUUGUUUACUUGUUUGUUUUGAUUUGUAAAUGUUUCUAUGAAGAGUCCUGCGAUGGAUAUGCUUAGUGCACUUAAAACAGCGUUCUGGAUUGAGACACCUUCAUAACUGUAUAGGUUUGUUCUAAUAAUGAUUUGAUUGGUUCAAUAAAGACUUAACAUUCUU